AUGUCCCGACCAAACGAGAUGAUCAACAGUGACUUGCUGAGCUUUACUUUUGAGGGCCCGAAGCCCUACACUUCCAACCAACCUUUGUUCAUUGAUGCUGAAGAUACCUCGCGAUCUUUCACGGCGGCCCAAUUCCGUCAAUUGGUGCAGACGCUGAUUGCCGGGUUCAAAGCCUAUGGCAUCCAACGUGGGGACUGCGUGUUGUUGCAUCUAGGAAACAGCAUCGUCUACCCUGCACUGUUCUUCGCUAUCAUUGGCGCAGGUGGAGUCUACAUGGGCUCUAAUCCUCGCAGUCAGCCAAAGGAACUUGAUCACAUUCUCAGCCUCGCCGAGCCAAAGCUGAUCCUUACCUCCCGCGAUGCACUUCCUACCGUCGUCGAAACAUCCGCAGCCCGGGGCAUCCACCCGGCGCGGGUAUGUGUCGUCGAUGAGCGAGCCAUUGACUACUGUGCCCAGUUGUUCCUAUGGCACGAGCGUGGAUACUCCACAACUGUCCAACAAUACGCAAUAAACCAUACCCAGCCCUUCAACUUUGCCAAUCUCCUCCGUUUUGGUCAGAGUGACUGGAUGAGGUUCAACAAUGCCGUCGCACAAACCACACCUGCAGCCAUGUUCUCGACAAGUGGUACAGGUGGCCUGCCCAAGGCAGCCAUUCUCACCCACCACGCCCUGGUCUCACAGCAUCGUUCAAUCUACUAUGACGUUCCAUAUCCGGUUAGUCGACUGAUGUCGCUUCCCAUGUUUCAUCUGUUCGGUGCACUGUGGACGCAUAUCUUCCCAGUCCGCUACGGCCACCCACUCUUUGUGCUGCCCCGUUUCGAGGCCAAUCAGUUCAUGGCAACAGUACACAAGUAUCAAAUCUCCGAAACCUACAUGGUCCCCACAAUCAUUCACGCUCUCAACCAAUCAUCGCAACCGGUGUCUGAGUUGAUGUCCUCGUUGCGAUAUGUUGGUAUUGCCGGUGCUGCAAUUGACGGUGCCUCUUUGCAAACUUUCCGUAAUCGCCUUCACCCCUUGGCAUAUGCAUGCCAGAUCUGGGGCAUGACGGAAGUGGGAGUAGCGCUACAGACUCGCUACGGCCAGCCGGGAGACCCGGCCAGUAUCGGCACCCUGCUUGCUGGGUACGAGGCGCAAUUGAGAGACCAAGAUGGAAUUGUCCAAGGCGACGAGUUGGCUGGUGAGCUGUAUGUACGUGGUCCCGGUCUUUUGACUGCGUACAAGGGUCGGAGCGAUGCCUUGGAGCCUCACGGGUGGUACCGCACAGGAGAUGUGGCCUACGUCAAACAGGGCCAGUACUACAUUGUUGGACGGACCAAGGAACUGAUCAAAGUUCGAGGAUGGCAAGUCGCCCCAGCAGAAAUCGAAGCCGUUCUGCUUCAAUACCCUGGGAUCACCGAUGCGGCUGUGAUUGGUGUCAACAAAGAAGGGCUAGGCGAGGUGCCCCGCGCAUUCGUGGUUCGUUCCCGCGAUCCUUCUGUGGGUCGCCUCACAGCUGAACAGGUGUACAACCAUGUACGCCAGCAACUCGCUAGCUACAAGUCGCUUGAGGGUGGUGUCAUCUUUGUCGAAGAGAUCCCCCGUACCGCGAGUGGCAAGAUUCAGCGGUUCAGACUGACUCAGAUGAACACCUAUCGCGAAAUGGUCGCAUCUCUUCUUUCGCGAUGUGAUACGGAUGGUGCUUCUGAUAGUCCAAUUCCUAGGGCCGGAUUCGGACGUGUGGGCCUGGUACAGGAUGGACGUGCCAGGGUCUAG